CGGCCGUAGAUGGGCAAAUGCGCCUGCGCGGAAGAGUAGCAGCGUCGAAUCUGGCAGUGGAGAAAACUGCGGUAGAGACGCUCCAGCCUCGCCAUGAAGACGCGCUUUAGCACCAUUGACCUCCGCGCCGUACUUGCGGAGCUGAACGCUAGCCUGCUAGGAAUGAGAGUAAACAAUGUUUAUGAUGUGGAUAAUAAGACAUAUCUUAUUCGUCUGCAAAAACCAGACUUUAAAGCUACACUUUUACUUGAAUCUGGCAUACGAAUUCAUACAACAGAAUUUGAAUGGCCAAAGAAUAUGAUGCCGUCUAGUUUUGCCAUGAAGUGCCGAAAACAUUUGAAGAGUCGGAGAUUAGUCAGUGCAAAACAGCUUGGAGUGGAUAGAAUUGUAGAUUUUCAGUUUGGAAGUGAUGAAGCUGCUUAUCACUUAAUCAUUGAGCUCUAUGAUAGGGGAAACAUUAUUCUUACAGAUUAUGAGUACUUGAUUUUAAAUAUCCUAAGGUUUCGAACUGAUGAGGCAGAUGAUGUUAAAUUUGCUGUUCGUGAACGCUAUCCAGUGGAUCAUGCUAGAGCUGCUGAACCUCUGCUUACUUUGGAAAGAUUGACUGAAGUAAUAGCCAGUGCACCUAAGGGAGAAUUACUGAAGAGAGUUCUUAACCCAUUACUUCCCUAUGGACCAGCUCUCCUUGAGCACUGCCUUAUAGAAAAUGGAUUCUCUGGCAAUGUCAAAGUGGAUGAAAAACUUGAAAGCAAAGAUAUUGAAAAAGUGCUUGAUUGUAUGCAGAAGGCAGAAGACUAUAUGAAAACAACAUCCAACUUCCAUGGAAAGGGGUAUAUCAUCCAGAAAAGAGAAAUAAAACCAAGCCUGGAAAUAGAUAAACCAGUUGAAGACAUACUCACGUAUGAGGAAUUUCAUCCUUUCUUGUUUUCCCAACAUUCUCAAUGUCCAUAUAUAGAAUUUGAAUCAUUUGACAAGGCCGUGGAUGAAUUUUAUUCGAAGAUAGAAGGUCAGAAAAUUGAUUUGAAAGCUUUACAGCAGGAAAAACAAGCAUUGAAGAAAUUAGAUAAUGUCCGAAAGGAUCAUGAAAACAGAUUAGAAGCUCUUCAACAGGCUCAGGAAAUAGAUAAACUGAAAGGAGAGCUCAUAGAGAUGAACCUACAGGUAGUGGACAGAGCCAUACAGGUGGUUCGAAGUGCUUUAGCCAAUCAGAUAGACUGGACGGAAAUCGGGGUCAUUGUGAAAGAAGCCCAAGCUCAAGGAGACCCUGUUGCAAGUGCAAUCAAAGAAUUAAAACUGCAAACAAAUCAUGUUACAAUGCUGCUGAGAAAUCCAUACUUAUUAUCAGAGGAGGAAGAUGAUGAUGCUGAUGGUGACGUCAGUGUUGAGAAAAAUGAAACUGAACCACCAAAAGGAAAAAAGAAAAAGCAAAAGAAUAAACAGCUGCAGAAGCCUCAGAAAAAUAAGCCAUUGCUUGUUGAUGUUGAUCUCAGCUUGUCAGCAUAUGCCAAUGCCAAAAAGUAUUAUGAUCACAAGAGAUAUGCUGCUAAGAAAACACAAAAGACUGUUGAAGCUGCUGAGAAGGCAUUCAAGUCAGCAGAAAAGAAAACAAAGCAAACAUUAAAAGAAGUUCAAACAGUUACCUCUAUUCAAAAAGCAAGAAAAGUAUAUUGGUUUGAGAAAUUUCUGUGGUUCAUCAGCUCAGAGAACUAUCUAAUUAUAGGCGGACGAGAUCAACAACAAAAUGAAAUGAUUGUGAAAAGAUAUUUGACACCAGGAGAUAUUUAUGUACAUGCUGAUCUUCAUGGAGCUACUAGCUGUGUAAUUAAGAACCCAACAGGAGAACCCAUCCCUCCGCGGACGCUGACUGAGGUGGGCACGAUGGCGCUUUGCUACAGUGCUGCUUGGGAUGCGCGAGUUAUCACUAGUGCUUGGUGGGUGUACCAUCAUCAGGUUUCUAAAACAGCACCAACUGGAGAAUAUUUGACAACAGGAAGCUUCAUGAUAAGAGGAAAGAAGAAUUUCCUUCCUCCUUCAUAUCUAAUGAUGGGGUUUAGUUUCCUCUUUAAGGUAGAUGAGUCUUGUGUCUGGAGACAUCGGGGUGAACGAAAAGUCAGAGUGCAGGAUGAAGACGUGGAGACACUGGAAAGUUGCACAAGUGAACUCGUAUCAGAAGAACUGGAACAACUAGACGGAGGUGACACCAGUAGUGAAGAAGAUAAAGAGGAAUUAGGUGAAACACCUGUAGAAGCAGAACUUCUGACUCAGGUUGGCCAAGAGGAUAUUACUGCUCAGAGUGGUGUAAAUGAAAUAAAUGAGGAACCAAUUCAGGAAGAAAGCUCUGAAGAUGAAGGAGAAUCUGAAGAGGUUAUAAAAGAUCAGGAGCCUGUUGUUGAAAUGAAAGAUGAAGAGGAAGAGAUAGAGUAUCCUGAUACUACCAUUGACAUGUCUCAUCUUCAGUCCCAAAGGUCCCUCCAAAAAUUGGCUUCAAAAGAGGAAUCUUCUAAUUCAAGUGAUAAUAAAUUACAGAGCCGGAGACAUUUGUCAGCCAAGGAAAGAAGGGAAAUGAAGAAGAAAAAACUUCCAAGUGACUCAGGAGAUUUAGAAGCGAUAGAAGGAAAGGACAGAGAAAAAGAAAGUACUGUACACAUUGAAACCCCUCAGAACACAAGCAGAAAUGUUCCAGGCGUGCAGCCAAUGAAGCGAGGGCAAAAGAGUAAAAUGAAAAAAAUGAAGGAAAAAUACAAAGAUCAGGAUGAAGAAGAUCGUGAACUUAUUAUGAAAUUGCUGGGGUCUGCAGGUUCAAACAAAGAAGAAAAGGGGAAGAAAGGAAAGAAAGGAAAGACGAAGGAUGAACCUGUGAAGAAACAGCCCCAGAAACCCAGAGGUGGACAGAGGGUUUCAGAGCGCAUUAAGAAAGAGACUCCGUUCCUUGAGGUUCUCACUCAUGAGUUACAAGACUUGGCAGUAGACGAGCCUCAUGAUGACAAGGAAGAACAAGAUCUGGAUCAACAGGGAAAUGAGGAAAAUCUGUUUGAUUCUUUGACUGGUUACCCACAUCCUGAAGAUAUAGUACUAUUUGCCAUUCCAAUAUGUGCGCCUUACACUACCAUGACAAACUACAAAUAUAAAGUGAAACUUACCCCUGGAAUUCAGAAAAAGGGAAAAGCUGCAAAAACAGCUUUGAAUAGUUUCAUGCAUUCCAAAGAAGCAACAGCAAGAGAAAAGGAUUUAUUCCGGAGUGUAAAGGACACAGAUUUAUCAAGAAACAUUCCUGGCAAAGUGAAAGUGUCUGCACCCAACCUUCUGAAUGUAAAAAGGAAAUAGUGAAAUGAACUCCUUAAAUAUAUGAGAAGAGUCAAUUUUAUUUCCUUUUGGAAGUUCAAAGAUGGAAACAUCAUGUAAUAGGACUUCCGCAUUUAAAAAUGAACUAAUCAUUGCCUUGCUAUAUUUGCCAAAAGGACUUAAUUCUUGUUUUUCCAGUUUUAUAUAGAGGUAAACUGUCUACUAUAGGAUUUCCUAAAAUAUAUGUCAAAAGCUAAAUACUAAUUAUGUACAUCUGUAGUUAUUCUACAUUUUGUUAAAAUUUGGGAAAUUAAUACUAAGUAUUCAUUUCGUGAUGUAAAGAAAUUGGAUAGUUGACAUGGUUUAAUUUGCUUAAACUACUGACAUAGUCUACUGUAUAUAACAUCUAAUUUAUAUAUAUAAAAAACAGGCCAAUCAUGAGAGGUUUUUUGUUCUUAUGGGAGUAGGGACAAUUAAACAUUUAGGAUUGUGUCUUAAAAACCUUGUCAAAAAUAUAUUAGACCAGAUGUAAAUAAAUAAUAAUCCCCAUGAAUCAGCUUGAGGAAUAACACCUAGAAAAAAUUGGCAUUGAUCAUUUCUACAUCUUCACUCCAUUUCUUCCUUGGAAUCUGAGUUCUGUACCAUUUUCUUUUCUAUCUUUAGUUGUUACCAGUAGCAUGUUAUAGAGUAUCUUAACCUAGAAUAUCAGAAGUGCACUUUUAGGUCUACCACUGAAGACUCCUGACUCCUAUCAGAAUGGAGAAUAAAGUUAUACAUUAUUUCCAUUCCUUUAUGAUCUACAGAGCAAUUACUUUUUAACUGAUUGAAAAUCACCUGCUCAUAGUCAACAUAACCAUUUUCCCUAGCUCCUACACCAAAGCAUUAAGCUUAUAAUGAACUGUGUACCUUUUGGUCCCUUUACAAUUCUUAGUCCAUGGAGAAUAGUUUUACAUUAGAAGUUCAUGUUUAAAAAAAAAAAACCACCUCAUGCUCAAGACCACUCUUGCUAUUUAAAGAAAAUAAAAUUUUAGUGUUUUUUUAAAGAAAUAGCUUCUAUUUUGAUAAUGGUAAGAUUAUUUAGUAUGUUUCUACAGAUCUAUAGCCUGAAGUUCUUACCGAAAAGGAUAUAAUAACCAUUAAUUUUUUUUGCUUUAAUAGAGAAUAGUUGCUGGCGUGAAAUACAUUUAUUGUAAACUUUAUAGACACAAAAAUAGGUUCCCUAGGUCAUUCACAUGCACGUUAAAACCAAAUAGUUGCAAACUACAACAACAUAUUCACUCAAAUGAUCAUGAUCUGUGACAGUUACAGGAUUGUUGUCCAUGCAAGGCAAUCAGAGGCUUUCUCUGUGAAGCCUUAAGAUCCAGAAGUGUUGUUACUACCAAACCUCUGAUUAACACUGUGAAGUAAGUGUUUAGGAAGGCAGUUCCAUGAGUCGGCUAACAUUUCUUUAAAGCAAAUGACUGCUUCUAAGCUUAGCCUGAAAGUGGACAAGGAAAGAGAAAAAUAAUUUCACUUUACUGUUUAGAAGCACAUUAACUUAAGCAAAAAAACCCUUUUUAAAGAUUUUCAUGGAACUGGUUAGUCAUGCCAGUGAACUGCCCUUAAAUAAUCCAUAAACCUAGUUUUUUAAGAAUGUUAAUUAGGCUGGGGAUUUAGCUGAGUGGUUUCACCACCUGCUGUGCAAGUGCAAGGACCCAAGUUCGAUCCCCGGUACCAAAAAAAAAAAAAGAAUGUUAAUUAGUGCCAAAUGAAGAAUUAGUUACUCACC